CAUCCCUGGACGGAGCUGUCAGGAUAACUUAACGGAGCAGGACACACGCUACUACAACUGCUGUCAACUGACCACGGCUACCGAGGAACGUUUAUACCCUAAGAGACAGGGGCCAGGUUCAGUUCUGAUCCGGGACGCGAGCGGCCACAAAAACACGCUUGAAACUGCGGUUGGUGCUGGAAGCGACUUGUUGUGGAGUUUGGUGUGAUUAUUGUUCACUUUCCACGCUGCAGACGUUAUUUAGAAACACGACUGAUGCUGUUGGAGUAGUUUAUAAAACUGGCAACUGCUGAUUUCACAGCAGGGUUAUUUGAGUUACAAAAAGAACCCCAUGUACUUUGGACUUGGUGUGGAGAGACGCACGUAGCCAUAGCGAAACCGUUGCGGGAGGUGCUGCUGAUGCAGAGAAUCGCCCCAAGACUGAAGCCCAACAAGCUACAUCUUCCCGUGCGUUGCUAUCACCAUUGUUCUGGGACUAUGUUAAUGAAGGAGUACCGCAUCUGCAUGCCUCUCACCGUGGAGGAGUAUCGGAUUGGCCAGCUGUAUAUGAUCAGUAAACACAGUCACGAACAGAGUGAACGUGGGGAGGGGGUGGAGGUGGUCCAGAACGAGCCAUAUAACGACCCCGAGCACGGAUCAGGCCAGUUCACUGAGAAACGAAUCUACCUCAACAACAAGCUGCCCAGCUGGGCCAGAGCAGUGGUCCCUAAAAUCUUCUAUGUCACGGAGAAGGCUUGGAACUAUUACCCGUACACUAUCACAGAGUACACAUGCUCCUUCCUGCCCAAGUUUUCCAUCCACAUAGAGACCAAAUAUGAGGACAACAAAGGGAGCAACGAUAAUAUCUUUGGCAACGAGCCCAGAGAGGAGGAAACAGAGAUGUGUUUCGUGGACAUCGCUUAUGAUGAGAUCCCCGAGCGCCACUACAAGGAGUCGGAGGACCUGCGGUAUUUUAAGUCCAAGAAGACUAACCGAGGCCCCCUGCAGGAAGGAUGGAUCGACACCCAAGACCCCAUCAUGUGCUCCUACAAACUGGUCACAGUCAAAUUUGAGGUCUGGGGCCUGCAGACACGCGUGGAGCAGUUUGUACACAAGGUGAUUCGGGAUGUCCUGCUUUUAGGACACAGGCAGGCGUUUGCCUGGGUGGAUGAGUGGAUUGACAUGACCAUGGAGGAAGUCCGAGAGUACGAGCGAGCCACGCAAGAAGCCACCAACCUGAAGAUCGGCACCUUCCCCCCUACCAUCUCCAUCUCAGAGACCCCUCUGCCAUCCAGCACCCGCAGCGGCCCCAACAGCGCCCCGUCCACUCCCCUCACCACAGAAGCCCCAGAGUUCCUGUCAGUGCCAAAGGAGCGCCCCAGGAAGAAGUCAGCUCCGGAGACCCUGACCCUGCCGGAUCCAGGCCGCAGAGAUUCACUCUUCAAACUGCCCAACUUUUUCUUCUGGAACUCCAGUCCGCAGCCUGAAUGAGAGCGUGGCCACGCCACUGGUGAACACCCUUGACCUGUGGAUCAGUGGAGGAUGCCUGCCCAGCACAUCCCACAAUGCCCCCCAGCCAGCUGAAGUGAAGGAGACUUCUUACCGUCCUGGUGAUCCAAGCCCCCCUCAGCAGACUCGUCGGUGUUACAGCAACCGCUCUCAGACUGCCUUUACAGACACAGACAGGCAGCCUGACCUCCGUAGCAAAAAGUCCCGCGAGGUGUCACGGUGUAGUGCGUCCCAUCAAGAGUCUAUCAAAAGCAGCUGGAGGCUCCUCGUUCUUCUCCUCAGAAAACAGCCAGCACCAUGCAUCAGACCGUUAUUAGUCAGAUUGAGUGUAGCGUACAUUCCUGGAAACGUUUCCUCCUACAGAUUAUCACCUUGCUUUUCUGUGUUGACGAGAUUUAUUCUGCACACUUUACAUGUACAGUUUUUUUUUCUGCUUUACCUUUAUGCAUCGGAGUCUCUGGCUUGUGGUUUGACGUAUCUAUUUAUGUGGUUGGGACUUUUCGACAGGUUCUCUUUGGUCACCAUAUCAGUUGAGUAUCAUGGUUUCCAGUCAGGUGUAAGGUGAUUGUGCAUUCUUGUAUAUACUGUAUGAACAUUAUUUAACCGGUAAAAUGUCAGUACUUUAAGAUGAAUAUCAUAUCCAGUGACGACGCUGCUAUGAAACUGCUCUCGUGUAUUUUAAAGGACAGGACUCUCUACCUUCUUUAAGUGUUUAUUAUAGUGAGCUCUGUCCACCACAGCGUCUGUAAAUGACUGAUGUAAGUGCAUGAUUUGAACUGCAGAGGCUGCUUUUAAAUAUUAAAUGUUUUCUUUGUUAUCUUGGUCUAAAACUUGAUGUUGUGUUGAGUUCCUCCAGGCUGCUCAUGUGGUUUGCAUGUUGUUUUGCUGCAUUAUUCAUUUCAACUGUAUGUAUUUUUUAAGUCAUACUGUUGAUGGAUUUUGUAUUCAGUAAAUUAAAUUAAAACCUGUUACAUUUG